AUGAGGAGCUGGGGCUUGCUGGCCGACAGACCCCUUGAACAGCUGUAUGGACGCUGCCUGGAAGGGGCUCUCAAUAUUUCAGAAGCCCUGAUGAACAGGAUGAUCUCAGAGAAGCCCCAGCCAGACCCUUUUAUCAACAUAAAUGAUUUCAGCAUGAACUUGAUGCCACCACAGGAUCCAGCUAGCCCCCCAAUAUGGAAGAAGCAUCAAGAAUGAACCUCAUUCACACACAAACAGUAUGAAGAGUUGGAGGCUCUGUUUAGCCAGACCAUGUUCCCUGACAAAAAUCUCCAGAAGGAACUAGCUUUGAAACUCAACCUACGGGAGUCAACUGUAAAGAUUUGGUUCAGGAACAGGCAAUUCAAACUGAAGAAACAGCAGCAGCAGCAAUAACAGCAAUCACCAAAGCAACCAAGCCAGAUCCUUCUGGAAAAGAAGACAACACCUCUCUCUCCCAGAACAGCCACCAAUCCUUAUUUAUUUUGUCCUGUGAUAUCAGAUUUCUACAGCUCCCUUCCACCUCAGUCCUCCAAACCUUCCAUUCGGGCAUGGGACUCUACCUUCACGGAGAGUCCCCCAAGUGAUUUCCAAAUACAAAACUCUCAGCUGGAGAAGCUGGUGGCUUCGGUUCCUCCUUUGUCCUCUGAUGCCUAUGACAUAGCCCAAAUAAUAGAACUGUACGGUCUUACUGAUGAGAAUGAGAUAGCCAGCUCUUCCUUCCACUCUCUGUAUCAGUAUCUCUCAACCACAAGGCACCACAUAGGAGGACAGGGUUCCUCUCUCAGCAUUUUUGCUGGUCCAGCUGCAGGUGUGUCUCCUGGGCAAAUCCAGUCCAGUAUGAUGAGUCAAGGCUUAGAAGUCAUAAAUCUAAGAGACAGUCUUACAUUCCAGAACAGCUCCCAUGUGAUAGACUUUGGAUUUCUCUGA